AUGAGCCGAGUUGGUGCUGCCGCGGUAGCCCUUGGAGGUUUGACCUUGGUGCCUACCUUCCUGGCCCCUUCGACGCCAGCAACGCCUGGCCAGAAGCAGCUGCGGGUGGCAGAGCCGACCUCCAGAGCCGGGCCAAGUGCUUCCGCCUGUGCAGCUGGCGCCCUGGGCGCCGCUGCUGUGGCAUCCUUUGCAGCAGGGAAGAAGCCUGUUCGCCCUGCUGUCACUUGCCAGGCUUUCGAUGCCAGCUCCCAAGUUGGCGUCACGCCACCUUUCGGCUUCUUCGACCCAGCCGGGUUCACCAAGGAUGUUGAUGAGGAUGAGUUCACGCGGCUGCGUGCUUGUGAGAUCAAGCAUGGCCGUGCGGCGAUGAUGGGUGCGCUGGGCAUGCUUGUGCAGAGCGUCUACAAGCUUCCAGGCUAUGAGGGCGUGCCUUCCGGUUUGGCCGCGCAAUGGACGGAGCCUGGAGCCAACAGCUUGUGGAUUGUUUUCGUCGCAAUCGGCAUGCUCGAGCUUGGCCUCAGCCCAUGGAAGGAGGACCCCAAGAGCCCAGGUGACUACGGCGACCCCCUGAACCUGGCCAAGGGUAACAUCACCGACGACAUCAGGAACCGUGAGCUCAACAACGGUCGCUUUGCUAUGUUCGCUUGGCUGGGCAUCGUCAGUGCGGAGCUGUACACCGGAACUACUGCCGUCUCACAGUUUGCUGUGGCACCCAAAGCCGUGGCCCGCAGCUCCAGUGGCUUCUGCGGCGUGUCAAUGAAGCGGGAGAACAAUCGCAGCCUCAGCAGCCGCCGGGCCUUUGAUGGAGCCAGCCAGCCAGGUGCCUCAGCACCCUUGGGCUACUUCGAUCCGCUGGGCCUCAGCGGCACGCAGGAGCGCUUCGACAAGUUCCGUGCCUCUGAAGUGAAGCAUGGACGUGUGGCCAUGUUGGCCAUCAUGGGAUCCUUUGCCGCGCACUGGGCCACGCCGCUGAAUGCUGGCGCCGGCGCUGCUGGCUUCUCAGAUCCCAUCGGGGCGAAGGGCUGUGUUGCCUUGACCUUCUUCUGUGGCUUCUUGGAGCUUGGGCCCUGGGCCGAUGGAUAUGCCAAGAGCCCAGGUGACUUCGGCGACCCCUGCGACUUCGGCCUGUUCUUUGGCUCCUCAGACGAAAUGAAGACAAAGGAGUUGAACAACGGACGCCUGGCUAUGAUGGCAACAAUCGGCAUGUGUGUUCAAGAGGCAACAUUCGGAGACAAGUACACCGACUUGCCGGGACAGCUCGGACUCUGA